CCUUUAGUCGGCUGGCGCGCUAGAGGGAACAGCUGAGACGGUUUAUAGGUCGUUUAUUGCCAAACCCGCUUUUUACAUGCUAAGUUACUAAAAGUCUGGAGCGUCAACCUAGCUUCUGUGAGAAAAACUUUGCAAGAGGGAGGACCCUGCUCUGCCAGUUGUUUGCAACGUUACAAGCUGCUAGUACAAAACGUUGGCACGAACCCAGAUACAGGAAUUAAGUGGAAAGGCCGUCAUGUCAGCUUGUGAUAACGGCUGGGAUGGGAAUCUGGGUUUAUCAACCAGAUUUUACAGUUAAGAGAACUGAGCCGGAUGUAAGGCCCUGUUUAAAUACUGAAGCCUUUUCCUGGCUACUGUGUCUUCGGAGUUGUAUAGGCAAUGACUUAAUUAAUACUUUCCUCGUUGCAUAAUAUAGGCGGCGCAAACAGGAAUUUGAGGGAAACACCUGAUUUUUUUUUUUUUUUUGAGAUGUGGGUUUAAAACCAGAAGCAAAACACUUCCACAAAGCGUAGGGAAAUGGUGCAAAAAUAAGAGAAAGUUGUCUUUAGCUGUUCCUUCAGAUCUCUUCGGUACACAAGUCUACAAUUGAGAAAAUGAAAACCAUCCCCAAACGCCCCAAACAGGUGAAACUAUACUUUUACAGAAUUUAUUGGUUAGCCUGAAAUGGAACACUUUGAUUGGCUAAAAGGACAUUUACUCUGCUAGCCACUAAGGAAGUGCGAGCCGAAGCUAUUAUUUAUGUGGGCUCCACCCCCUUAUGACGACAUUGUUGGAAAUUAACCAAUAAAAAUGCAGUCCCUUGCGAGCCUUCAUUUGCAUACCGGCUCUAUAAAUAGCGGGUAACCAAGCCUUUUGGAAGUAGUCCGGAUCGUUUCUGGUGUGUGGCGUUUCUUCUUGCAAAAAUGCCUGAUCCAGCAAAGUCGGCUCCUGCUCCCAAGAAGGGCUCCAAGAAGGCUGUUACGAAAGUGCAGAAGAAGGACGGUAAGAAGCGCAAGCGCAGCCGCAAGGAGAGCUACUCUGUUUAUGUGUAUAAAGUGUUGAAGCAGGUUCAUCCGGACACCGGCAUCUCGUCCAAGGCCAUGGGCAUCAUGAACUCCUUCGUCAACGACAUCUUCGAGCGCAUCGCCGGCGAGGCCUCCCGCCUGGCGCAUUACAACAAGCGCUCGACCAUCACGUCCCGGGAGAUCCAGACGGCCGUGCGCCUGCUGCUGCCCGGCGAGCUGGCCAAGCACGCCGUGUCCGAGGGCACCAAGGCGGUCACCAAGUACACCAGCUCGAAGUGUCUGUCACGAACGAUGCGCAGUAAAGCCAUAUGGUUUAGUCUGUCGGCCUACGUAUGUUUGCACCCCAGCGCUUGCACAGAGAAGAAGGCAAGGGACUGUCUAGAUCCGUGGUGGGCCCCUGCUGGGCUGCCACAGCCCUCCCUCCGUGGCUUCUGGUAUGUCCUUUCUUGCAGCUGCUCUCGUUCAUGACAUUAUGGCUCUUCUAAAUACCUCUCUUUUUGAAGGUAGGAGUUUACUCUUUUCUCAUGACCAGAGUCCAAAGAGAUUUCUAAAUUCCACUUUUUCUUUCUUCGCAGUUCCUUAUAUAUAAUCGUACAGAAAAUGGUGUCCACCAAAAAUAGCAUUCCCACUGCCAGAUAGAAAAGGACGUGAAACCAAACAAGAGUUUGUGUCUGGAGGCCUGAAAAAGAAAAAUGACAAGAAGAAAUGCUAGUUAGAGUGCAGAGGGAUCUGGCUGAGUUAUAUUUGGGAGGGAAGGCUGGCUGACAUGUGGUGUGCCUGUCCCCAGUGGAGACACUGGUAAUUUCAGGGGGCAUGUGGUGUACGGACCAGGGGCAGGCUCCUCGUAAGAGUUUAACUGCCAAGGGCCCUCUCAGUGGAUGGACUUCCUAGUUUCAGGCAUAAAGGCUAUUUCUAUGUCAUUUAAUGCUUGAAAUGAAUUUGGGUUGAAGAUAAACUUUUUUCCCAAAGAGUCUUUGUUUUGGAGUACCUCAGCCAGAUCAACACUUGGGUAAGUAUUUACGUGCAAUCCACAAAAUCCCAACCUCACCAAUCUACCAUAUGAGCUCCUUGAAGUAAGAACUGCACCCCAAUGUCUUCAUAUCCCCACACCCAUGACAAUAGAUGGGAGGAACUCAAUAUAUUGUUGAUUAGAUGUGGGGGGUAAGGAGGAGGAGCAAGGGGAAAAGAAAGAGGAGAGAAAAUAGGAAAUGAAGAAAGGAAGGAAAUAAAGGGAGAAAGGAAAGGAAAUUUAAUGAAGUUCAUGAGAAUAGUGAAGUUACGAAUCAGGAGUGAAAAGCCUGUUCAUGGGUUUUCCUUGGCUGGGCCAUGAAAUCCCCGUAAACAAACCUCAGCCCCAAAGGAGAAAAGGGAGCAUCUUCUCCUUGUGCCUUCUCCUGUCAAUUCCCCUCAUUCUCACCAAGCACCUGAAGCUCCAACUCAGGGCUGCGCUUGAUGACAUUGCCAUCUUCUGUGGUUGCCUCGCACCAGUAUAACCCUGAAUCUUCUCUCUUAGCAGUUAGUAUCUGGUAUUCAGAGGAUGUGUUCCUGCUCAGCAGGGUCUUGCUGCCCAUGUAGAAGGAGAAGUAAAGCUGCAAACCAGGUCUCUGUAGGAGCAACUUUGUUUCACAGCUCAGGUUGACCAGAUGCCCCUCCAGGAUGGGUGAUGACAAAGAUGCUUUUAGCACUGGGGCUGGAAAUAGCUCUAAAGAAAAAGUUGAUGGGGACAGGGUUGCCUGCUUCAGUGUCAAGAUUCUUUUUACAGAAGGUAUACCCCUUUCCUCUUUGAGAAACCUGCUCCUAGAGAAUGCAUCCGUAAGACAAUUUUUCCCACUUCCAGCAGAGAGGCAAUCUUGGGGUUUCCUCACAGAUACUCUUAUAAUUGCCAUCUUCUUCAUUUCCUACUGUGGAGAAUACCUCCACACAGUCCAUGCCUCCCUGAAUAGCCAUGUUAUUGAUUAUGUGGCCAUGCCUUUAGGUAAUGGUCCACCAGGAAUGGAUACUGACCCACACACUAGCCGGGUCAGUGACUCGUUACUUGUUUUACUGUCUCAAAAAAUAAUCUGGGACAAUCCUCUCUUCCCCAUAGGAAUGAAUUCUUUUUCAGAUAGAAAAAAGUUGCUAGUAGUUAUGAGUCCUAAGAUGAAAGAACCACAGUCCAGGCCCACAUGCAAGCUAGAACAGAGGAAGCUGCUGUAGUUAGCAGAUGUUCAAAGAGAAGUACAACCAGAGAGGUCACAUUGCCUCAAGAGAUAGACAGAAAGUAUAACUGACUCCUAAUGUCUUCAUGGCUUCUGUUUCUAUAGAGCUUUUUAUGAGAUUCCAUUGAGUCAUUUUCUAAUAACUCUCCUACCUCCCUUGAGUGAAUCUCUAUUCCUUGCAACUAAAAUAAAAUUGAUGAAAUAGAUCCUCACUAUGCCCUGGCCUUCAUGUUAGCUCCUGGGGUUACUGAUGAGGCAUUGUGGUUUACUGGAAAAAGCAACAGACUGAGGCCCAGCCACUGGUCACUGCAUGGCCUUCAGGGAGACAGCUACCUCUCCGGAACUUAAGUCUUCACUUGCAAACUUAAGUGAUGAUUUGUGAUGGUCCUUAAAACUACAGCUCUAUGACUAUUCAGAUACAUACCUUUUAUAGUGAUAGAUACUCCUGCUGAUUCAAAGCGUUGCUUUCCCUCGCCUGAGCAGUGAUAGAUGCCAUUGUGACUCAGGUUGGUCUUCAGAAUGGUGACUUCAGAAUUCUGAGGAGAAAACCUAAAAACCUUGCCAUUUUGGUAGAAAAGCAUCUUGUACACCAGCUUAUUCUUCCAUCCAUGACACCUCAAGGUCAGAGGUUCCCCUUCCAUGAUGACUCUGCUAGAGACCUGGAGCAGUAACCAAUCUGGAAAAUAUAGAUCCAAAAUGUAUAUAUGUAGUAGCAGAGGUACGAGGAGGCUGGAACUGGGCCCUGGGGGGUGGGGGGAGGUGUUCUUAUCUUUUUCUCUUUACAACAUUCUAACCUCAGAGCUCUGCUGAAUUUGAGGCCUGUUGCUCAAUUAGCUUUGCUGGGAAGAAAAGUAGUCUUUACCAGCAGCCAUGCACACAGCCCCUUCUUAUCUUCCCUUUCCAGAAUUCAGAAGUUGGUUGUGAUAAAAACAGUUUACCGUAUUAGUGGUAGGCAGUAUUCUAAGAUGACCCCAAUGAGUCACACCCUGUGUAAUCCCCUUGAGUGUGGGUAGAACCUGAGACUUGCAACAUAUCAACAGGAUAUGACAAAGGUUAUGGGAUGUCUCUGUCAUGAUGAUGUUACAUUAUAUGACUCUGUCUUAGCUGACUGGACUGAGAGAGUCUCCCACUGGCCUUGAAGAAGUGAGCCACUAUGUUGGGAGAGGGCCGUAUGGCAGGGGCCUGCCUCCAGGAGCGGAGACUGGCUUCUAGCUGACAGCCAGCAAAAAGGCAGGGACCUCAGGCCUACAACAUAAGGAAUUGAAUUCUGAAUUCUGCCAAUGACCACGUGAGCUUGGAAGAACUGAAGGAAGGAACACAGCCCAGUCAUACCUGAUUUCGGCCCCUGUGGAGCACCCAGCUAAGCUGUGCUGAGACCCAUGGAAAGAUAAUAAAUGUGUGUUGUUUUAA